AUGUCCAAAUAUGGUCCACAUGUCCAAUAUGGAUUAUAUAUCUCCACAAUGUCCAAAUAUGGAUUAUAUAUUUCCACAGUGUCCAAAUAUGGAUUAUAUAUCUCCACAAUGUCCAAAUAUGGAUUAUAUAUCUCCACAUGUCCAAAUAUGGAUUAUAUAUCUCCACAAUGUCCAAAUAUGGAUUAUAUAUCUCCACAAUGUCCAAAUAAGGAUUAUAUAUCUCCACAAUGUCCAAAUAUGGAUUAUAUAUAUAUCCACAAUGUCCAAAUAUGGAUUAUAUAUCUCCACAAUGUCCAAAUAAAGAAUAUGUUUCCACAAUGUCCAAAUAUGGAUUAUAUAUCUCCACAAUGUCCAAAUAUGGAUUAUAUAUCUCCACAAUGUCCAAAUAAGGAAUAUAUUUCCACAAUGUCAAAUGAAUAUAUCUCCACAAUGUCCGAUUAUAUAUCUCCACAAUGUCCAAAUAUGGAUUAUAUAUCUCCACAAUGUCCAAAUAUGGAUUAUAUAUCUCCACAAUGUCCAAAUAUGGAAUAUAUAUCUCCACUCCAAAUAAGGAUAUAUAUCUCCACAAUGUCCAAAUAUGGAUUAUAUAUCUCCACAAUGUCCAAAUAG